UCCGGCCCCCAGCACCAGGGCCGCCUGCUUCUGCUGCAGCCCGGGGUGCUGCCCUGCACCCAUCCCUGGAGAGCGCUGCCUUGCACCGAGCUCCGCUGCACCCGUCCCGCGGGGGCUGUCCUGGCCCGAGGGUGGCUCAGCACCCAUCCCGGGGUGCUGCACGGGGAGGUGGCCUCAGCACCUAUCCCCGAGCUGGGCUGCCUUGUGCCCAGCCCCGCUGCACCCAUCCCGGGAGCUGCCCUGCGGCGGGCGGGCGGCCAGCACCCAUCCCGGGGGAGCGGGCUGCCUUGCACCCAUCCCCGGGGGCUGCACCGCAGCGGGGUUAUUCCAACACCUACCCCGGAGCGUGAGGGCUGCAUCGCACCCGGCCCCGCUAUCCCCAUCGUGGGGUCCGCGGCUGGCAGCUUCUCCUAUCGCCGGUGACCGGCUCCUGGCUCCCGCCUCGUUUUAUGGUCGUGGAGAGGGAGGAAAAAUCCCAAACCAGCUGCGUAAAUGAGUAUGGAAGAUUAUGAUUUCCUCUUCAAAAUUGUUUUAAUUGGCAACGCCGGUGUGGGGAAGACCUGCUUAGUCCGUCGCUUCACUCAGGGGCUUUUCCCACCGGGUCAAGGAGCCACCAUUGGGGUUGACUUCAUGAUCAAAACUGUGGAGAUAAACGGUGAAAAAGUAAAGCUGCAGAUCUGGGACACGGCGGGACAGGAGCGGUUCCGAUCCAUCACACAGAGUUACUAUCGCAGCGCCAACGCCUUGAUCCUCACCUACGACAUUACCUGCGAAGAAUCCUUCCGCUGCCUGCCCGAGUGGCUGCGGGAGAUCGAGCAGUACGCCAGCAACAAGGUCAUCACCGUGCUAGUGGGUAAUAAGAUUGAUUUAGCUGAUAAGAGGGAAGUCUCCCAGCAGAGAGCUGCCGAGUUUUCCGAAGCACAGGAUAUGUACUACCUGGAAACCUCAGCAAAAGAGUCGGAUAAUGUGGAAAAACUCUUCCUGGACUUGGCCUGUCGCUUGAUCAGCGAGGCACGACAGAACACCCUUGAGAACAAUGUCUCAUCCCCCUUACCAGGAGAGGGGAAAAGCAUCAGCUACUUGACUUGCUGUAAUUUUAACUGAGGAGCUGGCAUGGGAUUUCCUCUUCUGCCAUGGGCCAAGAGAGUUUGUUUAUUUUCCUUCCUUUUUUUUCUUUGCUGGGAUUUAUCUACUUGAAGCGAAUUAUUCCUGCCACUUCCCGAGUCAGGAUGCAGACCUGGAAGCAUGGCUCCAGCUGGAUGGCAACAUAGCAGAAUCUAUCACGGUUGAAGUUUCACCUUUCUCGCAGUCUCUGGAGCAGGUUAGGAGCAGAAGAGUUGCACAAGUGCUUCAUGCGAUGCAGAACACGAGCUGCUGUGUUUCCUUCUGUGGGAGACUAGAGCAGCCUCUCCUGAAGAAGAUACUGAACAGUUGAACAUCUCCAUAUCAGAACAAUGUGUCUGGUCCUUUUUGAAUUGAAAUAAACCAACAAUGAACACUGACCCUGGACUACGCUGGCAGUCUUUGGGGCUGCCAGUGAGUGAGCUCUUAGGACAUGUACAUAGCGUCUGCCCAUGCGUCUCCGUGGAGGACUCCAGUGUUUGAAAUAGUGUUAUGUCUCUCAUCUACAGGCACUUUCAUGAACAUGGAACUAAAGGACAAGUUACAUAUAUCAACAUUUUCCAGAUGUAAGAAGACCUGGAUACAGCUCAGUUGCUCCCUUUGGUGCUAGCAGUUCAGCAAAUAUUCCAUAGGCCAAACGUAGUCUUACUACAUUGCUGUCCUCUGAAUGUGUAACUUAGACUGGUUAGGAAAAAACCCCACACUAAGAAGCACUGUUCAUAAAAAUAAAGCAAAUCUUGUUACCUCUUUUUCUAGGCCUAAAACGUAGUGGGAAAGGACUGUGCUGCUUUGAUGGCCAACGCAGGGUGAAAAGACUUCUCCAGAAAUAAAAAUAAACCAGAAAAUUAACCAUUCCUCCUCUAAUUAGUUAUGUCCUAAUGUGGAAAAUCACCUUUGGGAAAGAUUAUUGGUGGAGCUGGGGGAAAAAGUGCACCAGAUGUGACCAAAAUCUUGUGCGUGCACAGGUUGUGUGUAAGGGUUCAAAGAGAGCACAGUUUGAAGUGGCCUCCUGCAAUAUAUCCAGCUUAAACAUAAAGCUUGUAGAUACAGUUCUUGUUGAAAGGCAGACGUACAAUGUAGAGGGGUUUUUAUGCUAGGUGGGAAGAGCAGCAGGUUGCAAGUGGUAUAAUUCUGUGUCUGACCCAUCCAGCGCUCACCUCAUGGAACUACUCUCCAAGAUGCUCUUGAAGGUAUCUUCUUGGCAUCUGGUUUCUCUACUAGAGUAGCUUUCAGUUUCAGGGCUGUAGAGUCAUUUAAUUGACUUGAUGCUUUACUUUUAAUCUCAGACUCCAGUAUGUGUAUAACUGUUUAAGCAAUUUCUUUCUACAGACCCCCUGAAGUGGAAGCACUCUGGAGUUUGGGAUGUUAUUCCACUUCUAGUGCCGUAUACAAACAAUGCAUUGCAAAUGUACACAUUGACAUUGAAGUGAAGCAGGAAGAUAGCGAAAUGUGCCCAUGCAAAAUGAUACUUAGAUGUUUCAGUUCUGUUCAGCUAAUCUGCAUAAACCUCCCCUGGCAAUUUCAUGGCUGAGAUUUGCUGUAAUUUAGAGUUAAUCAUUUUAAAAUUAACUUGGCUUGUACUGAAGAUUGAAACAAAGCUUUUGUAUUGACAUCAAAAGCUGCCAGUAAGUGUGUCUUUAAAAGAAUAACAAUUAAAAAGGCAUUUUAAAAUGCUUUUACACGUGUUCCUAGAAAGACUUUUGGGCUGUAUCAUGUUGUGCCUUUGAUCCGUAAUAGGGAGCUGACUCUGUGUCAGAGAGAGGGGAUCGGUGUGUCAUAUGGUCAUUUCUAGUAUUUUUUUGCUAUAUUUUAGGUCACUUUCUUCUGUUAUGAGUAGU